AUGAGCAAAAGAGAAGAGAAGUAAGCAAGGAAAUCUCAGGAGAAAGAUUUUAGGUCUGAUGUUUUAAAUACCAAGAAAUUAAUCCUAGAGGAUGACUUUAUAUCUUUUAGCUCUGUAGAUUAAUCUAAAUUUAUUGAGAGAAGAGCAGACUACGAGGAUUUCAAUGCAGAUGACAUAGGAGAUGAUUUAGAGACAAAGAUUUCAUAGAAGUAUAACAGAGAUUAAUACCCUUGGCUGACAUCUGACACUCAAAAGAUUAGAGAUGUUUCCAUAUUCUUACACAAUGAGAUCUUAGACUUUGUGAGCUUCAUCUCUCCUAGUGAAUCUGAUCUAGAGGUGAGGAGGCAAGUAGUAAAAUGCUUAAAGGAGGUAAUCCUAUCAGUAUUACCAACAGCUAAUGUGCUAGUCUUUGGUUCAUGUGCGACUGGAUUGAAUCUACCCAACUCUGACAUAGAUUUGUAAGUCUACUAGCCUGAAAUUAGUGAAAAGACCAUGAUAACUAAGAUAUCAGAUGCAAUAGUUCAGCAUAAGAUGUGUAGAUCUAUUGAGGUAUUGAAGAACGCUAAGGUUCCAAUUAUUAAAUUUAGGAUAAAGAUGUUGAUAUUUCAUUAAAUAGAAUCAAUGGGAUAUACCGUGUUCAAUUUGUUAAAGCUUUACUUAAGAAGAGGUACAAAAGGUGAAACUGAUAAAUAGAUUUUAGAAGUCAUUUGA